AUGGACGAGCCCAUGAAAGGGGCUGGAGGAGAGCAGAAGGGAGGGGGCUGGGAGAAGGAGGAGGAAGGGGAGGGGAGACAGGCCACCCCCUGGCAGCCGCAGCGCAGGCUGGCGGGGGACGGAACGCCCGUCACGGUCUCUUCCCCCUGCCCCUCGUUCCCUGCCCUCCACCGGGAUGGCCCUGCUCCUUCCUCUCCUCUCCGUCCGCUUCCUUCGCUCCGAGUCCCUCCCGGAGGGGCUCUGCCCACUUCCCCACACCGCACAUUGCACUCUUGUGUUCCCGACUCCCCUACGGGGGUCCAUCUGGUAUCCCCGCUUCCGCGUGGCGUCUCCAUCCCGGGUGCCUCCGGUGCGCCUCCCUCCCCGCCCCGGGCCGCGGCUCCUGAUUGUCCAAACGCAAUUCUCGAGUCUCCGGCUCCGGCCGAGAGUUGCGUCGGGACGUCCCGAGCCGCCGCCCCCAGACCUCGAGGGGGAGAGGCCGGGCGGAGCGCGGGCCGGUCCCCGGACACCCGGGACCCCGCCGCAGCCCUGGGAGCUCAGGGCGCGCGCCCAGCAGCGGAGGUGCAGCUGCGGCUGGCUUUCCGGGGAUCCCAGGCCCGGCUAGAGGGAAGUUGGGGGACCACCGUCCGCGCCGCGGAGGGGAGCUCCGCCCUCGGGUUCCCCACGUGCACCAGCACCCCCAGCCCCCGGCCGGCUCCGCGCGCCCCGCGGGGGAGGGGGAACCCGGGUCCACGGCACGCUCCACGCGCGCCGCGAGGGCGGUGACGUCUCCGCCGCGGG